AUGUCAGCCGAUCAGCUACCGCACUUAGAUAAGGUCAAGCUAAAAAAGAAGUUCGACAUCUCACAUUUUGAUCUCAAUGCAAUCAUUCGUGGCAUCCAGCUAACGCUAGUCGGCGCCCAUCGAGCGCUUCAAAAUCCGGAGAUAUUCACCUCCGAGCAUUACAAGCAGGCAGCAGUCGCCGUCGCCGCCGGCAUUGUCAUCCGGCUCUUGAUAUCCUUCCCAAUCAUCGGUAUCAAACUCCUGCUAUGGAUCCUGUCCUUCUUUGUAUCCCUCGACCGCGUGACCUGGGACGACACGCUGGUCAACAGUCUCAGCUUCAUCGAGGACCACGUGCUGCAAGCCCCGCUCUUCCUCAUGGGGCUCAUGCGCUAUGUCACGCCCGCGCUCGAUGAUUUGUUCAUGGCCUCCCUUCGCUGGGUCGACCAGACGUACGUCGCGAAACACAAGCACGACCCGGACCCGUCCCAGCUGCGCGCCAUGUACUACCCACAGCUGCGCCUGUACCGCCCCACGGACGGCCGCACCCACUCAUCGAGCACCGCCGAGUCCAUUACCAUGUUCUUGUACCGGUUUGCGCGCAAGGGGGCUAUCUCGCUGGCUAUCUACGGGGCUUCGUAUCUACCUCUCGUCGGCAAACUCGUGCUGCCGGCGGCCAGCUUUUGGACCUUCAAGCGAGCUGUUGGGCUGGGACCGGCGAGCAUGAUUUUCGGGACCGGGGUGCUACUGCCGCGGCGGUAUCUGGUGAUCUUCCUGCAGAGUUAUUUUGCGUCGAGGAGCCUGGUGAGGGAGCUGCUGGAGCCGUAUUUUGCGCGGAUCAAGUUCACCAGCGAAGAGAAGAGGAAGUGGUUCCGCAGCCGGGAGGGACUGCUGUUCGGGUUUGGAAUUGGAUUUUAUGUCCUGUUGAGGGUUCCAUUGCUAGGGGUGUUGAUUUAUGGUAUCGCUGAGGCGAGUACUGCGUAUCUCAUCACCAAGAUCUCCGAUCCGCCACCGCCGCCGUCCGAGAGCCAGGGGUUCGCGGCGAGCCAGACCGAAUGGAGGAACAAGCAGAAGUUCCUCAGUCUGUCGCUAGGGAACCUCGAUGCCCUCCACGAAAAGCCGUCGCCGUACUCAGAGGUUGAUCCUCAUCCUGCCACGCCACGACAGUAA